UAAAAUGACUCAGACAACAGAUCCAGCUGGAUCUUUCCUAAUUGCCUGCCUUUUUGAAUAAAGCACAAAUAAACACAAACAGCUGCGGUGUUUAAACAGGUGUUUUAACUAUAUGUGCUACUCAGUAAUCCGUCCUGCCUUGUGGUAGCACAGAUUGUCAGAACACCGAAUGUGUCUGCAGCUGUGAGGCGGUCUGAAGGAGUCUGGAGUCAAAUUCCUGAACACGUAGGAGCUCCAAUACGGCGCAUGACGCAGGGCGCAUGACGCAGCGCGCAACGGCGACCGACUAACGGAUUUACUGAUCGAUUACCGAUCUGACAAGACAAAGUAGAUUUCUAUUCACUGUUAUUUCUCCAUAUUGGAUAGUUCUUUUUGUCCUCCUGCUUUUAAUCUCUUGAGGAAACAUGACUACAGGAACAGCUUUUCUUUUCCGCCUGUUGAAGCGCAACUGAACCUACUUGUUUGUUUUCAGCAGAGAAGAGAAAAAAAAAGUAAGAAUCUGAUCUGAUCAGCUGUUAAUACUUGUAUUUAAAAAGCAUUUUGAAAUGGAAGAAUCCCACGUUCACACGAUAAUUAGAAGGGGAAUUAACUGAAAACAGCAGCCCGUGUUUAGUUUCCACAGCGGAAAUGAGAUCAGUCCGUUCUCCUGGCUCCACUUUUUCUAAAACAUGGUGGAUGUAACUCUGUUGCUGCAGGAUCUGUCAUUAUCGGACUUCUGAAAACCUUCCAUUUUAUAGUUAUUGAUAUAAUUGAAGAAAAGAUGUUUGCCGGACUGAUGGGGCUCGACUGUCACCUGAACUCUCUACAUCACCGCUGCGAAAGCACUGAAAGUGGCAAAGUAUCUGGGACAGCUGGCAGCUCCGGCCGUAAGAGGCUGCACAGGAGACCAGGGUACAUGAGAGGAGAGCAGGCCAGGCUGCAGUGCACUGCUCAUGCUCAGGACGAAGAGGAAGACGAAGAAGAGGAGGAGAGCAUUGCUUGCAUCAGGAAUGGAAGAUCUGGAUGCCAUGCUGACCUCACCAAGGCAACCAGAGUUCAACAGUUGAGUCAAGCGCCUACCGUCAAAGUGUCUUUAACGAAUGAACUACAUCACAAGCGAUCAACAUGUAGUUCCUCAGAGAGUAAGAAUUUGGCCGGCCCUUUAAAUGGAGUUCAAACCACAUUGAACGAACUCAGUCCAAGCCUCCAGUCUUCAUCUGAGGUCGUCUUCAGCUCAAGUUUUAGCUUCAUCCAGCAGUCUCUAAACAGCAACCAGAGGACAGACCCUGCCAGGCUGCCGCAGGAACCAGAACCAACAAAUCAACCUGCUAAUCUAGAGAAAAAACGAGAGGAAAUCAUCACCAAAUCCAGCCAGGUCCAUAAGGAGGAGCGUUCAUAUGGUGGGAGAUGUUGGCGGGACUGUCUGUGGACUGGCAAGGAGGAAAUGUCCCACCUUCCGAACUCUGAGUCCCAGUCUCUUGACAUAGAGGUCACUUCCUCCCUGUCAGUGGACUCGGACACAGCCUCGGCCUCCUCUGUCACCUCCGGCUACGAGAGCGCGACGCCUGCCUCCGAGCAAGGCUGGGACAGCCUGGUGAAGACGUACGAUGGCGUCCUGCAGGACUGCCUCCAGAACAACCGCACUUACACCAAGAUCGAGUCCAUGAUGUUGAAGCUGCAGAAGCUCCAGCAGAAAGCCAUUCUGGACGACGACUACGACGCAGCUGAGCGCUUUGGGAAGAAGCUGGAGGAGCUCUGCGGGGAGCGCGGCGCUCUCAAACUGGGUUUACCCUCCAUGCAGCCCAGCGUCGCCCACUUCCUGGAGAGACUCUCAAAGGUGGUGCACAGCGCCCUCCAGAGGGAGGACUGCGGUCAUCGCAGAGAGGGAUCAGAACCGGACUCAGUGGAGCAGUCUGACCCAACGCAGCGGAGGGAUCGCUUGAUUCAAGAAAAACAUCAAGUUGAGGAGGAAAUUGAGAAGCUGCAGACGAGGCUGGCGCAGCUGAAGGAUCGCAGUCGAUACCUGGAGCAGCUGAUCCAGCAGGAGGAGCAGCGGGCCGAGGCCAUGGAGCUGGAGGGGUCGGUGGUGCGGAGCUGCACCGUGGCCCAGCUCCGGGACAUGAGCCGCACCCUGCAGGACCUCAUCUCGUCUGAAAACCGCACACAGAUCUCCGUCUCCCCUCCACCUUCAACGCUCAGACUCCAGGAACAGGAACAGGCGCUGAACCUUUCCAUGAAGGAAGCUACAGCUAAGGUGGUCAUGAGUCAGAGGCUGGGCAGCAGCCUAAGGAGGAAAGUCAGCGAGACUGAAACGCAACUCUUGGCUCUGCACGAAGCCAAACUGGCGGCCAUAUCUGGUAAUGACUUCGGCUGCGCCAAGGAGCUGAAGGCGGAGAUGAAGGCGGUGUACCUGGAGCGGGACCGCCUGGAGGCGCUGGCCAGGCGGCUGCACAGCCUCAGCUCGGGCAGCAGCCAGGAGCUGGCCAGGAUGAAGGAGCAGCGGCAGCAGCUCAGGCUGGAGCUGGAGCACAGGGAGGCCCUGCAUGAAAGCCGGCUGAAAGAGAACGCCACCAAGUAUGUGGAGCUGCUGGAGGACAGGCUGCAGAGCUGUGGCUGUCCUGGGUUGGAGCGGAUCUGGGAAGCCGACCUGGAAGCGUGUCACCUGUUCCUUCGAGGCCUGCAGCUGCGAACCUCCAGCUGCGGCGGCCCAGACGUGGACGAUGCCCCCGAUCCGGUGGUUUAUACCUCCACCCAUCCCUCCACCAAAGAAGAAGAAGACUGCGCCAUGCUGACUGCGUUAGGAGGCCGCUGGUGUCCUGAGGCCAACUUGCAGAACUCAGAGUUCACAAAGAAGCUGGAGGAGUUUUUGUUCUGCAUGGAGGAAAACCACCCAGAGGAUGUGUGCAGCGAGGCCGACGCUGCAGACCUGACGGAGCGCUGCGAGCUGAUCGGUGACCGACUGAUUGCCUUGGAGGACAAACUGCAGACGGCUAUACUGAAUCGGGAUCAAGCCCUCACCCAGUGUUUGGAAAAAGAAGUGCAGGAGGUGAAAUCCACCUUACAGCGCAUGCUAACGCAGCUCCAGGUAGAAGAACAGCAGGAGGACGACACAGAUGUUUCGGAUGAGCUGGUGAAAGACGAAACUCGGGUGAAAGUAAAGGCAGAAGAAGAAGAUGAUGAGGAAGAAGAAGAGGACCAGUACUUCAGUGACAGCUGGGAUAUUUGAGAUAGGCACCUGUAGCGAAUUUGGGAGCGCGUACGCUAGCGGCUUGAUGACAGCGUUGAUGUGACCUCAAAUCAGUUUACUGUACAGUUUCACAACCAGCUUAUGUGCUGUAAUAUACUUCUAAAAGUAUAAACUUUAUACUUGUAUACAGGUUUAAAUUCAGUGAACCUCGCUGCAAAACAUAGACUCUUACCAAGUAUUUUUGCUUAGUUUUUCGUGCUAAUAACUAAAACUCCACUGUCAGAUUAUUUAAUAAUCUAGCACUUUUUUCAUCCACAUUAAGGAAUUGUUGACUUAAUGCAAGCUUCUGAAAUGUUGCUUAUUGUUUAGGUUUGUCCUGUCUUAACUUUAAUAAGAUAUUUGCACUAGAAACUAAAAAAUACUUGAUAAGAUUUUGUUUUUGCAGAACUUUUUCAAAUUUUUUCAUGUUACAACCACAAACCUGUGUGUAUUUUACUCUGUGUUUUACCACCACACACUAUUUAUUAUAAAAGAGACACCAUCUUUUAAUCUAUACUGCAGGAUCUAACAGCUUUUGCCAUUUGUGUUUUGUCUCUGCCAGCUCUGCACAUCUGAACGCUGACUUUUUAAAAAACUUUCUUUGCAGAUAGCUCAAGCUCAGUUACAUUUCAUGGAGCGAAGCUCUGAACAAAAUUUUUAAGUUUUACUACGUAUUCUCAAAUGGAUUUUGGUUCGGACUUUUAGAUCCCAUUUUGAUCUAAACCAUUCGAUUAUAGAUCUGACUGCAUUCUUACACUGCAAACAAU